AUGGCCCGUCUCUCUCGGCCUCGCAAUCCGCCAGGAUGGUGCUUGCUCAUUCUUGCCGUCUUAAUGGUCCUCCGCCAGAUUAUCGCCUUCAUCGACGUCAAGCCUGUGAUGGAAGAGUUCAAUAUCCGUGAUGAGAACUCGGUGCGCUUGAUGGCUUUCUGUAUGGGCCUGGUCGGCUUGUACAACAUCAUUGGUGCGCUGGAAGACAAUUGGAAUGUCUACUGGUUCUCGCUGCUAUCCAGGAUUGUGGGCUCGGUCGUAAUGUACACUCUCAAGGGUGGUUGGGAGAAUUUGGCACAUAUCGAAGUUGCGACCGCUGUUAUCCUGGCUGCUUGCAUGUGGUGGACUUGA